AUGGAGCGGCUUGGGGGUCUACUCCGAAGAGCGCAAAGGUUGUCCCCAGGACCCUCUCAGACCAUCUACAAGCGUGUGGAGGGCACCCAGCAGGGACGCCUGGAGGAGGAGGAGGAAGACGGGGAGGAGGGGGCUGAACCGCUGGCCCACUUCUUCCCCAUGGAGCUGAGAGGCCCUGAGCCCCUGGGCUCUCGACCAGCUAGGCAAAACCCUGGACUCUGGGAAGCAGCAGGACGAAGAGCGGCCCCCUACCUGGUCCUGACAGCCCUCCUGAUCUUCACUGGGGCCUUCCUCCUGGGCUACGUGGCCUUCCGGGGGUCGUGCCAGGCAUGCGGGGAUGACGUCAUGGUGGUCAGCGAGGACCUGAAUGAUGAGCUGAGCCCAGACUCUCACCAGGGCACAUUGUACUGGAGUGACCUCCAGGCCAUGUUCCUGCGGUUCCUGGGGGAGGGGCAUCUGGAAGAUACCAUCAGGCAGACCAGUCUUCGGGAAAGGGUAGCCGGGUCUGCCGGAAUGGCAGCCCUGGCUCAGGACAUCAGGGCUGAGCUCUUGCGCCAGAGGCUGGACCACGUGUGGAUGGACACGCACUACGUGGGGCUGCAGUUCCCAGAUCCGGCUCGCCCCAACACCCUGCACUGGGUUGAUGCCUCCGGGAAGCACGGCGAGCAGCUGCCACUGGAGGACCCCGACGUCUACUGCCCCUACAGCGCCACGGGCAACGCCACGGGAAAGCUGGUGUACGCCCACUACGGGCGGCCGGAGGACCUGCAGGACCUGCGGGCUCGGGGUGUGGAGCCGGCGGGGCGCCUCCUGCUGGUGCGCUUGGGAGUGAUCAACUUUGCCCAGAAGGUGGCCAGUGCUCAGGACUUUGGGGCCCAAGGAGUGCUCAUAUAUCCGGACCCGGCAGACUUCUCCCAGGGCCCGCACAAGCUCAGCCUGUCCAGCCACCGGGCUGUGUAUGGACAUGUGCACCUGGGAACGGGGGACCCCUAUACGCCUGGCUUCCCUUCCUUCAAUCAGACCCAGUUCCCUCCAGUCCAAUCCUCAGGUCUCCCAAGCAUCCCAGCCCAGCCCAUCAGUGCGGACAUUGCCUCCCUCCUUCUGAGGAAGCUUGAAGGCCCUGUGGCCCCCCAGGAAUGGCAGGGGCACCUCCCAGUCUCCCCUUAUCGCCUGGGCCCUGGGCCAGGCCUGCAUCUGGGGGUCAACAACCACAGGGCCUCCACCCCCAUCAGUAACAUCUUUGGCUGCAUCGAGGGCCGCUCCGAGCCAGAUCAAUAUGUGGUCAUCGGGGCCCAGAGGGAUGCAUGGGGCCCAGGAGCGGCCAAGUCUGCUGUGGGGACCGCCAUACUGCUGGAGCUGGUGCGGACCUUUUCCUCCAUGGUGAGCAAUGGCUUCCAGCCUCGCCGAAGUCUUCUCUUCAUCAGCUGGGAUGGUGGUGACUUCGGGAGUGUGGGCUCCAUGGAGUGGCUGGAGGGCUACCUUAGUGUGCUGCACCUUAAGGCUGUGGUCUAUGUGAGCCUGGACAACGCAGUGCUGGGGGAUGACAAGUUUCACGCCAAGACCAGCCCCCUUCUUAUCAGCCUCAUUGAGAACAUUCUGAAGCAGGAGGAACAUGUGGGCGAACCUGAAGCCACACUGCGCUCCCUCCUGCCCCUCCCCAGGAUCCGGCCGCUGCCCAUGGACAGCAGCGCCUAUUCCUUCACGGCCUUUGCGGGGGUUCCUGCCGUUGAGUUCUCCUUCAUGGAGGAUGGCCCAGCAUACCCGUUCCUGCACACAAAGGAUGACACCUAUGAGAACCUGCACAGGGUACUGCGGGGCCGCCUGCCCGCCGUGGCCCAGGCCGUGGCCCAGCUCGCAGGGCAGCUCCUCAUCCGGCUCAGCCACGAUCACCUACUGCCCCUCGACUUCGGCCGCUACGGGGACGUGGUCCUCAGGCACAUCGGCAGCCUCAAUGAGUUCUCUGGGGACCUCAAGGCCCGCGGGCUGACCCUCCAGUGGGUGUACUCGGCGCGGGGGGACUACAUCCGUGCGGCCGAAAAGCUGCGGAAGGAGAUCUACAGCUCGGAGGAGAGCGACGAGAGGCUGAUGCGCAUGUACAACGUGCGCAUCAUGCGGGUGGAGUUCUACUUCCUGUCCCAGUACGUGUCGCCGGCCGAGUCCCCGUUCCGUCACAUCUUCCUGGGUCGCGGAGACCACACGCUCCGCGCGCUUCUGGACCACGUGCGGCUACUGCGCGCCGGCGGCCCCGGGGCCACCUCCUCCCAGGUGGCAAGGGGCCUGGGCUUCCAGGAGAGCCGCUUCCGGCGCCAACUGGCCCUGCUUACCUGGACGCUGCAGGGGGCAGCCAACGCGCUGAGCGGGGACGUCUGGAACAUCGAUAACAACUUCUGA